AUAGAGAGCAGGGAGGAGAGAGGAGCGCAGGGAUCCUCCCAGCCGGGCGCAGGGUAACAAUGGUGCUCGGCGGGGAGCAGCGGGCGCCCUGAUUGACAGCCGGAGCGUCCUAAAAAGGCCGCGGGGAGAUGCUUAUCGGCACGGUUAUAUAGCGGGGUAGCGGCGCUGCGAGCCGAGGGAGCGCCGCCGAACCGAGCCGAGCCCAGCAUAGCCCAGCAUAGCCCAGCAUAGCUCAGCGCUGCGGAGCGCGGACCGAGCGCGGGGGCAGCGCCCGCAGGAGGAGCUCGGGCGGCUCCGCGCCCCAUCCAUGAGCGGCCGCCCGCCGCCCUGGCAGCCCCGCGCAGCCCCGCGGCCCCGGGGCCGGCCAUGCACUGCCCGCCGCAGCCCCGGCUCGCCAAGGCAGGCAGGAGGCGCUACAAGACUUUCAUGAUCGACGAAAUCCUCUCCAAGGAGACGUGCGAUUACUUCGAGAAACUUUCUCUCUAUUCCGUCUGUCCGUCCCUCCUGGUCCGGCCCAAGCCGCUGCACUCCUGCGCGGGGUCCCCUUCUCUGAGGGCAUAUCCUCUCAUCUCCGUUAUCACCAGGCAGCCCUCUGUGGUCCCUCACCUCGUUCCAGCUGCCACCAGCUCCCAUGUGCUGCCAGCCCAGACCUCAGUGGCUGCAAGCUCAGAGACGCCAGCCAGUGAGACCCACGGCAGCAGCGAGUCUGAGGCAGAGCAGCCCACACCUCGGUUAAAAAAGCCACGCCGGAGUCGGACCAUCUUCACAGAGCUCCAGCUGAUGGGCUUGGAGAAGAAAUUCCAGAAGCAGAAGUAUUUGUCUACACCUGACAGGCUCGACUUGGCGCAGUCGCUGGGGCUGACCCAGCUCCAGGUGAAGACGUGGUACCAGAACCGCAGGAUGAAGUGGAAGAAAAUGGUGUUGAAAGGUGGGCAGGAAGCUCCAACGAAGCCUAAAGGCCGUCCAAAGAAAAACUCCAUUCCCACCUCAGAGGAAAUUGAAGCAGAAGAGAAAAUGAACAGCCAGGCUCAGAAUCAGGAGGCGGAGGGAUCUCAGGCGCCCGAGGAGCCUAAAGUGACAGAGGAGAAGCCAGAAGUCUCUUUGGAGACAGAAGAGUCUCCAGAACAUAUACCAGAGCCCUCCUCAGAGGAGGCAACGCCAUUAAGUUAAAGGGAAAAAGAGAAGGGAAAGGGAAAAAAAGAAAAA